UCCACCCUGAAGCAGCUCUUUCGCUGGCCUCUUAGUUCCUUCCCUGCCUGCCCUUCUUCACAUCAGCCUCUGCAAAGGCUCUGCUGGUACCCAGACAGCUGUUCAGAAGGCACCGGCCAGCGGGCCCCAGCAGCUACACCGUGGGCACCAUGUCCGAACGCUUUGACUGCCACUAUUGCCGUGCCCCGCUGCACGGGAAGAAGUAUGUGCAAAAGGAAGGCCGCCAUUGCUGCGUCAAGUGCUUUGAGAAGUUCUGUGCCAACACCUGCGCCGAGUGCCGGAAGCCCAUUGGGGCUGAUUCCAAGGAGCUGCAUUUCAAGAAUCGCUACUGGCACGACAACUGUUUCCGCUGCUUCAAGUGUUACACGUCUCUGGUGAACGAGCCCUUCAUGCUGAAGGAGAACAACAAGGUGUGGUGCAAUAAAUGCACCACCAAUCAGGAUGCUCCUCGAUGCAAAGGCUGUCUGAAGCCCAUUGUGGCAGGUGAUCAGAACGUGGAAUACAAGAAGACUGUGUGGCAUAAGGAUUGCUUCACCUGCAGCCAGUGCAAGCAAGUGAUUGGCACGGCCAGCUUCUUUCCCAAGGGAGAUGAGAUCUACUGUGUUUCCUGCCAUGAGCAUAAGUUUGCAAAGAACUGUGUGAAGUGUAAGAAUGCCAUCACUUCUGGAGGUGUCUCCUACCAAGAUCAACCUUACCAUGCCGAGUGCUUUGUGUGCGCCACUUGCACGAAGAAGCUCGGUGGACAACGCUUCACUGCAGUAGAGGACCAGUUCUACUGUGUGGAUUGCUACAAGUCUUUUGUGGCUAAGAAAUGCAAUGGUUGCAAGAACCCCAUUACAGGCUUCGGAAGAGGCACCAACGUGGUGAGCCACGAAGGCCAUUCCUGGCACGAAUACUGCUUCAACUGCAAGAAGUGCUCCAUCCCCUUGGCUAACAAGCCCUUCGUCUUCCACCUUGAGCACGUCUACUGCCCCACUUGCGCCAAGAAGGUGUAAGGGAGGCGAAGUGAAGGGCCGCAGGAACAGCUCAGCGCUCUCCUGCAAAGCGGCUCGGAUCCGGUCUGCUUGCAAGUGGCCCAGCUGCAGGCAUUUGCAUCUUAGCCUCCCCCACCACCACCGGCUCCUCCUUUGCUUUUCUAAGAAUGUUAAGGCACUUUCCCCCUUUCCCCUCUGCAGGGCAUGUUCAAUAAAGGGUGCACUAACAGCUACAGCAAGCUCUGCUUUCUUGCCAUCUUUAGAUGCUCACUGAAGCCGAGGGCUACGUUUUGCACAUCCCACGUAGUUACUACUUCCUUUGCAAGGCCCGGCCAUAUCUGCCGGUUAGGGAGCUAGCAGCUCAGCAAGGGUGAAUUCACAUGGCUGCUUUUAAAGAGCAUCUUCCCAUCUCCCUUCAUGGGGCAGGUCCAGCUUACCAAGCCCCCGAAAUGAAGGAGGGCCCCCCGGAUUUUAAGGGUCUGGUGGCUGGAGGAAAACCAGAUUUUCAGUGGACUUUAUUUUUAAAGAGGUGCCCGUUUGUCCUCCUUGAUGUGCCCGACACAGCCUGCUACAGUGCCCUGCUGGCACCUGCCCAACUGCCAUUCUUUCCGGAAAGGCACGUCCCCUCUCUCAAAUGUCGACUGAAAACAUUCCUGGUCCGCAGACUAGGGAAGGCGGCACCUGCGGAACAGACCCAUCACUCGCUAAUCUAGCUUUCGUUUCAUACAGUGUGAUAUUGUGGUCCAUGGACCCUUUUCUUCAAUGGUGCUCCUCCCAAGUUAUUUUUUAAACACAUGCGCUAUUUUUUUUUAAAUGGUCCUUGUUUAUAGCGAAAUGUAUUUCCAUUUCCCUUACUCAAAAAUCCAUGUCAGAAUAGGUAGGAAAUGCCCAAAGACUGGAUUUGCCAGAUGCGAGGCAGCUGGGGCACGCCAACGGCACGCCUCUCCAAUGAACAAUUUUCAGCAAAAGCAACGGAGCUUCUUGCAAGCGACAAUAAAGGAAGGACUAGAUCAAUGUGGCCAUCUGACUCCACCCUGAGAUCUGCUAGUGCAGAAUAUGUUUGGCGCUUUUUUCCCAGUUGGCAUCCAUAUUAAUCCAUACAAGGGACAGCGAUGUCACACUUGUUUCCUUAAGCCUACCAUGAAAGAGAGUGAAUGCGUAGUACGUAGCUUGUUUUAAUCUGUGUUUAACCUCUGGGAACGGCCACUGCUGACUUUAGAAUAACCCUAUUUAGCAACCAGCCUUAAUACUUUUAACUCUGCCGGGAUGCGAAAGCCGGCUGGCAGAUUUCUAGCGUCAGAGGUUCGUCCUGAAACAGGCCUUUGUCGGCUUGGGUAUCAUUUCCAGCACAAGAUGCCGGCUUGCUCAAGUGAGUGGAAAGAUCUCUAGGGGCAGGUUGAAAUAUUAGGGUGACGUAAUUGCAACUCUUGUUACUGUACCAAGGCAUUUUCUCCAAUAAACAGGAAGUUACUGCUUA